AUGGUUAAUAAAUCUGAUUUCAAUGCGGUAUUGAGUAAAGUUGGAAUUCCUCCUAGUUUACAGAAAAAAAGAGGAGAUAAAAUCAGGAGGAAACCUCAGCCUAAGAGAGAAACUGAACAGUAUUUUACUGGUUUCAUUCAAUUUCUGUUUAGGCCACCUGAAGAUGGAGUCAAGUAUAGAAACAGAGCUUUGGAAAGAUCCCAGCUAAAGGAAGAAUAUAAAAGAGUUCAAGAAGAAUUCGAAUUAUUACGAACUCAAACUGAAGAAGAGUCACGUUAUAUGGGAGGUGAUAUUGAAUAUACACAUUUGGUAAAGGGCCUGGAUUAUGCAUUAUUAGAAAAAAUAAAGAAGCAACUCACGACUCCAACUGCCAUUGAAACCAAAGAUUCAGUACCUUCAUCAACAGACUCAGACUUGGGUAUGGGCUUUACUGAGUUUGGAUUUUACCUUUAUAAAAACUUUUUCUAUCACACAAACGUGAAUAACAUAAAUUUCAAACAGAGGUUAAACAAUACAAUACACUUACUUGAGCAAGGAAAGUAUAAGCUUAAAACUCAUAAUAAUAACUUGAUUUACAACUUCAAUGUCGGGAACAAUUAUCAAUUUCUUCCAAAUUUUACUACUAACGACACAUUUAAUUCUGAGUCUGAUGAUAACGCUAAUUCUGAUAACAAAGUCUUCAUUACAACUGAACAGGAGUUGUUGGAUGUGUUUAAUUGGCAUAUGGAAAAUAAGAAAAAAAAGAAAGAAGAAAGAUUGCCCUUUAGACCCGAAAUUAAAACUAUUAACACAAACAAAAAACAAUCAGAUUUAUUAAUUGGUGAAAACAAUGAUAAAGAAGAAUCAGAUGAUGAUAUAUACGAGGGAAUAGGAACAUAUAAUAGUAAUGAGUUUAAUGUGGAAGCGUUGAAUGAGUUGGAAGGAAAUAUUUUUGAAAUCGAAAAGGAGGAAAAGACUACGUACAAAGUACCUGAAAAGUUGCUUAAAAGACAUAAAACAAAACUGAAUGAACCAGAUGUGGAUCUAGAUUUUGAUGAUGGAGAUGAUGAGGCAAUCAGUAAUAAAAAAGGAAAAAAGAAUAAAAAUUGGGAUGAAAUCGAAAAAAUCAUCAAGGAUAAAAAUCCUUCUUUGGAUAAAUUUAAGACCAGUGAAACAAAAGCUACAAAUAUUAAGUUUUUAUAA